CAUCUUCAGGACAAGAGAUUGUGAAGCAAUUUUGUCAGAACAGUCAUAAGAAAAAAGGUGUUAAGAAAAUUGCCCAAGUGAUAAUUGAUGAUAUUCAGAAUGAUGUAAAAUAUCAAGAGCCAAUUUUUUCUGGUUCAUCUUCACAUGAGACUGAAAUUUCAGCAACGACCUGUCACCCAAAAUGCUCUUCUUUAUCUCU